AUGCACCCCAUCGCCCGGCCGGCAUCGCGCCUGGUCCACGCCCGCCUCGGCCUGCACGCCUCAGCCGCCCUCCAGCGAUGGCCCGCGGCAGCUUUGUCUCUCCGACGUAGUGCGCCGACGCCGUCUCAACGGCUCUACUCCUCCUUCCCUCCUUUCCCUCCUCCUUCUCCUCCUCCGCCGAGCUCCUCCGCCUCCAAGGAAGAAAUCAAACAAGCUUCCCCAACAAGCGAGUCGAGCUCCCCGUCAUCGCCGAGCACAGAACCGAGCUCAAGCUCCACCGCAUCUUCCGACUCAACCACCACUAGCACAUCCUCACCCAAUAGCUCAGCAGACUCCAAGACGUCAAAAGAUGCAGCCCCCCACGACCCUCUCCCCGAUACUGCCUCCAAAAUCUACACUGCCCUCCCCCCGGCGCUAUCCGAGAAACUCUCCCACCUAAUGGACACCCUCCAAACCCGCCUCCUAACCGCCUCGACGACCCUCAACGCUCUGACAGGGUACGCUCCUAUCGAGGCCAUCAAGCACCAAAACACCCUCCUCGAGACCCGCCUCGCCGAAGCCCAGGACCUCGUCCGCACCGCCAGACUGACCUACAAGACGACCAACGCGAAGCGCGCCGCCACCCAGCGCGAAGUCACCACGCUCCUCGCGCGCAAAGAGACGUGGUCGCCCUCCGACCUCGAGCGCUUCACACAGCUGUACCGGACCGACCACGAACUCGAGCAGGAGGUCGCCGCGGCCUCCGAGGCCCUGACGGAUGCGGAGCACGCUGAGCAGGCACUGGGCCAGCAGCUCAACGCGGGCAUCCUCAAGAGAUACCACGAGGAGCAGAUCUGGUCUGAUAGAAUCCGCCGCGCGUCGACGUGGGGUACUUGGGGCCUCAUGGGCGUCAACGUGCUUCUCUUCCUCGUCUUGCAAUUCAUCGCUGAGCCGUGGAAGAGGAGACGUCUCGUCCGCGGCGUCGUCGAGCAGGAGAAGACCGUGCUGGAGGGCGUGACGGCGGAGCUCGCCAGUCUCAGGGCUACCUUGUUGCAGAGGGACGAAGUACCUGCUCCGGCGACGGCUGUGGCGGCAGCAGAAGUGCCCGUAGCAGAGGAGACGGUCCUUGCCGCCGCCGAGGAGGAGGAGCAGCAGCAGCAGCAGCAGCAGCAGCAGCAGCAGCAGUCUGCGACUGAAGAAGUCCUGGCCGCGGAGGUAGACAAGGCCGCCGUUGAGGAGCCGGUCGAGAAGCUGGCCGAGGAACCCGCGGUGCAGAGCGAGCUGGAUCGCGAGAUCGUCAGCGCUCUGGAUUCGUUGGAGAAGGAGACGAUCGUCGGGUCCACGACGUGGCGCGAGUUCCUUUCUGACCCGGCGCUGUGGAAGGCGCGGCUCGUAGACCUGUACUCUGAGCGCCGCAUCGACCUGCGCAUGCGCGACGCCUCCAUCAUCGCUCUCGAGGGCGCCGCUGCCGGUGCUACACUGGCCGGAGGCCUGGCCAUCUUGCUCCUGCGUCGAACAUGA